CGUUAUCGAUAAUUCAAAAGAACAUCUUUCGCAACAUGGCUCUCAGUAUUGGACAGGUACUCAAAGGCCGCACAGCUUCCUACCAUAUCACGAAAGUUCUCAAAGCCCCAAACGUCUUCCAAGCCAAAGUGAUCCCUUUCGAGACCCAUCAUCAAUUGACAACCCAACCCGUCCAGCUAGCUGUGAUAAAAGCCCGCUUAUGUGGAAAACCAACAGAUCAGUAUAAUCGCGAGCUGCAUACCUACGCAUUGCCCAGCGUCGCACAAUCAGCGUACAUUCGUGCUCAGCUAGAUCUCAUAGGCCACGACGGGAAUAGUCCCCAAGAAGAGCAUCCUAGUGCUAAUAAUCCUGGAUCUCAGAAAGAUCUCUUAUCACGUCCGCAAUCCCAGCCUCAAUGUAUGGUGUUUGAGUGGAUGGAUACCGAUCUCUGGCAGCUGCCGUCCAAACCAUUCCGGUCCGGUUCGCCAUUGCCACGUCUAGUAGCGCGAGCUGUGCUGGAAGCCCUCAUCGUGUUUGAUAGUGAAGACGGAGCUCACGCAGAUGUUAACCCGAACAAUAUAUUUGUUUCUGGGGUGGACAGCGCUUCCCCCAUUGUCAAGCUCGGGGAUCUAGGCGUUGCCGUGGGUUCGGGUUCUAUGCCUAGACGUUAUCAGGGUCUGAGUAUCCGAGCCCCAGAAGUCUGGAAGAACAUUGGUAUAACGCCCAAGGCCGAUAUAUGGAGUCUCGGAGUCACUCUAGCCCACUGGAUAGCCUCGAAAGUCAUCUUUGGUCCAAGCGGCAAGACCAUAGAAGGCGAAACAGAGGCCUUCUGCAUCGCGAAGAUGAUGCGGCUGAUGGGCCCUCUUGGAGAGCCUGAGCCGAGUAAUCAAGAAAUCGUUGAUGAAUUUCACAUUGCACAAUUUCUCGAGCAGUCGACCUUUGUCCGGCCGGAGACGGGCAAGGAAGAGCAAUAUGUCAAGAUUGGAAGUAUUAGGGAAGAGUUGGAAGGUAUAGAAGGUAUUGAAAAAGGAUGCGUUGAUUUUAUUUUGAGUCUUCUAGUUGUCGAUCAUGUAAAACGACCGUGUGCUAAGGAGGCACUCCAACAUCCGUGGUUGCAAGCUGUUAUUGAGGAUGAAUUGGAUUGAUUGAUGUAAAGAUAGCUAGCUUUUCUCUGUUCUGCGUACGAUGCUUUUGAUACCCCCCCUCAUUUAUUCGGCAAGUCUCUACUCUUGUAUAAUAUACAUACCUAUCUACCUAUACAAUACCCGAAGUUGCGGAA